AUGUCGGUCAUUGGCUUUACUUUUGGCUCUUUCGGAGACGUUUUGUCUAUCCUGAAGAUAGCUUACGACGUCCGUGCUCUUCUCAGCGAGAGCAAGGGUGCCUCAGAGGAGUAUCAACAGUUGCUCGCAGAACUAGACACGUCUCUACGCACACUUCAUCUCGUCCAAGGCGUAUUUCUGGCCAAAGAUGCGGCAUCGCUCCCACCUGAUGUCCAAAUGGCAAUUCAACAGUCCGUUAGCAACUCUCGGACGCUUAUACUUGAUUUGUACGCCAAGAUAGCUCGUUUCCGAGAUAGUCUGCAGAAAGGAGGCUCGGGAAGUAUGAUGCGGGACUCAUGGAGGAAGAUUGGGUGGGGUCUCUUCAAGCAGGAUGAGCUCGUUGAGAGUCGAAGGAGGCUAUCAGAGCAGACAGAUAUUAUCAGGUCUCUGUUAGGUCUUUCUAACUCCAUCACUAUCACACGGGUGGACCACCAGGUUCGCACAUCUCAUGCAGCGAUCCUUGAGAUCAGCCGUUGCGUCCAAGGAAUCCCCCAGGUCCUGGGGUAUUCGUGGGAAGGUGGCCUGAAUCCCGACAGCCGUCCCAUAUCACUUUUAGACAUGCUUGGACAUAGCAUCCGUCUUCCUCUAGAGCUAUGCUCUACCUGGGAGGACCUCGACGAGUUUCUCCGAUUUUAUUUCCGAAAGAGAGCUGGUCGACGGCUUGUCGAGCGAGGCGACUACGACAUCUCCGCUCAAAACGGAACGCUCAUACGACCUGUGGAGUGGAUGGUCGUUCCAGGAUCAGCUAUCAAUAUGAACGCUCAUCUUCGCUUCCGAUUGCCCUCCGAGGCGAGUGAGGAGGAAGCGGUCUGCCCCUCUUGCAACCAGAAGAAUUAUCGAAGCGGUGCCACAGGCACAACGUGCACCUACUGUCAAACGUGGUUUAUCACUUCUAGUGCCCAUAUUGACGAGGUUGCUCCUGUGACGCCUAGACCAAGAGCACACGGCGAAGAGGCUCCCGACAGCGCCUCUGAGGAGGUAGGGCUGACAUCGACCUCGUCAGAAACGACGUCGAUACUCGAUGGCAUUCGCUUUCUACGUCGCAUCAGGGUCUUUGCUGACCGUACCAAGCCUUCCAAUGGAGAGCCGGGCAUUGUCGAUGAGAAUGACGACAACCCUGACGUGCCCUCUCAUACCCCAAUCGCGGAUAGGACCCUCUACGUUGGGAAUCUCCCGAGAUACCCUCUCCCACCAAAUAAAUCGCCAGAUAUCUUAGAAAACGCCCUUCAUCAGCUGUUCCAGUCUAGACGCGGUUUCCGCAAACUUACCUUCCGACAGAAGCGCGAAGGACCUCAAUGUAGCGUUGAGUUCGCGGGGGUCUUCGAUGCAAACCUUGCUCUGCAUGAUCUAGAAGGGUCAACAUUGGACGGUCUCAUCGGGGAAGGGAUCAGUCUGUCGUUUGUAGGGGAAACGCUGAGGAUCUCUGCGCUGAACCCACCACCAGAGCCACGAGAGCUGAUUACGGAAGGUGACGAUAUUAUUUGA